CUCUAUUUUUUUCCCGAACAAAAUGUGAAAGGAGGUCUAGUUACAACACAGGACCAACUCCAAAAGUAAAUAGUUACGGUAAAAGCAUAUGUUAUGAAAGGCUGAGGAAUUUGGAAUUUCGAGAUCUACAAGAACUAACUACUUUUGCGUCUCUCCGGUAGAUCUCCAUGUGAAAAGGUAUGAAGAUUCCAUUUGCAUGUGCCUUCAAAGAACUCUUGGCAUCAUACGACAAUACUAAUCACUAUUCUUAUCUCCUUAACUUCGGCUUGGCGCUCUUUUUCCCAGCAAGAUAUAAAGCAUGUAGAGAAAACGAAAAUAUGGCCAAUAUUACUCUCAACUGCCUUAUAAUUCCCACCGGUCGCUUCACUGGAAUUCCAAACAAUAAUGUCACUCUAAUAGUUACAAUCCCUCUUGGAAAUGCGGUCAGAAACCUCCACACUCAGAUUCAGCAACUGCUACCACAGCCAUUCAGAAACGUUCCAUUUUAUCUUCGCGCAUAUCGCCUUGGACCUGUAAAAUACGUUGCUAUGCGAGAAGGGAGCUUGAUUUCUGAUUUUUUCGAUGAGAAUCUCACUGCGGACGUUUGCCAUAUUCUUGUAGAGGAGGAUGUAUAUGGUUAUUAUAACUAGUAUGCGAUAUAGUCGCAAUUUUUAUGUAUUGUAGGCCGGGUUCCGGCAACGUUUUAUUUCAUAAAUAAAGUAUUAUUUUAUCGAACGUAUAUGAGAAACGGGUCACGUGUGAUGAUGCAAUGCCUGU